CAGAUGAGGGAAAUUGAUCUCUUGCGUAGCCUGUUGCCACACUUUUGUGUGAUGACGUCACAUUUUUUACAGCGCUUUUCAGCCAUUUUAUUAACUUCCUGUUGAGAUUCUGGGAUGCACCCUGCACGUUUCACUUCUGCUUCUGCUGCUUCUUUCUCAUAAACUAUAGGAACUCUCAAUAAACUACAGUCAGCUCAGAGACAAGUGAGCAAUGGAGCUGAUCAGCUGCUCUGCCCCGGUCCUGGUGAAAGAGUCCUGUCUGGAGGCCUGGAUACGGAUUGGCUCUGGGGGGUUUGGUCAGAUUUAUAAAGCCAGACACAAGAAACUCUGCUGCGAAGUGGCCAUCAAACUGCUGCACUAUGACGACGGGAGUGGCUCUGCGUUGCUUCGGGAGUUAGAAUUGAUGCGUCAGAGCAGCUGUCCCUAUGUGAUCCAAGUGUUUGGGGUCUUCAGAGGUCUGCCCCCUGCAGGUCAAAUGGCGCGACUCGGCCUUGUCAUGGAGUUUAUGGAAAGGGGCUGUCUGGCCACACUACAGGGCCAUCUAGGUGGUGCUCCCCCCUGGCCGCUGGUCUUCAGACUGGCUCAUCAAGUCGCUCUGGGGAUCAACUUCCUCCACAACCUCGACCCUCCUCUACUGCACCUGGACCUGAAGCCGAGCAACGUGCUGCUCGACUCAUAUCUCAAAGCCAAGCUCACAGAUUUUGGACUGGCCAAAGUUUACCACUCGUCUCGUAUUUCUAAAAGGGAAAAUUCAUCUGAAGAGGGAACUCUGGCAUACAUGCCUCCAGAAGCCUUCGAACUGUCAUACCAACCGACCAAGAGCUCUGACAUCUACAGUUAUGGGAUUCUGCUCUGGUCCAUUGUCACUGGGAGGCAUCCCUAUCAACAUGCUAUGUCGUCCAUCGUGCGUCUCCGGAUUCCCCUGGGUGAUCGUCCAUCGCUGGAGGAGAUCCGCCUCCAGGCUACAGGCAUUGCUGGGCUCACUGGACUGACUGACCUGAUGGUGCAAUGCUGGGGCAUGAAAUCCUCUGAGAGACCCUCCUCCUAUGACUGCACCCUGAUGACGGAAGAGCUGUUCAAGUUACACAAACAUGCUGUCAACUGUGCUGUUCUCAAAGUGCUAGACAUACUGGACCAAACUCCCACAGAGUCUCUCAUGGACCAGCUGGAGAAAGUUCAAAUCACACAGAAAUCGGUUAAAGAAGUAAAUAAUUGCUGCUACAAUGUGAAAACAGGAAAAGGCCCAGUUCAGGAAGUAGCUUGUUACAUGAGCAAAGAGCAAAACAGACCAAAAGAUCAGUCGGUGACUUAUCCAGUUUGUGUGAGUGAUGAGAAACUGAGCUGCUCUAAACUGAAAUCUUCAUCUGUGAAACCGAUCGGAGCAUCCAUGCCUCUUCCUCUUCCCCUUGUCUCCUCCUCCUCAUCCUGCUCUUCUUCCACCUCUUCAUCCAAACACAGGGUGCCUGAGGAGACCUUGCUCCCAAACAGAUUCUCACAGUAUCAGCGUCAGUACUCAAGCCCAGACACCCUGCCCGCCCAACAGCCACAGCACCCCCUACCUCACAUAAACAUUCACUGCAGUAACGUGACAGGACUCCAGUGCGGGAACAACAACGUCAUGCACAUCCAAGGCCUCAUCCACUCAGAGCGCAGACGCCACCCCACUGCGCCUUCUAGAGUUAACCUGCCACCGCAGCGCAGAGGCAGCGGGAAGGAUAAAAAAGGAGGAGUGGGAUGAAAAACUACAGUCUCAAAUCUUAUUUUGGACAGAAAAAAGAAAAAACAUAGAGUGUAUAUAUAAAUAGACAUAGCUAACCCCUCUUAGCCUGAUUCAUCAGCCGGUUUUACUUCUUAGAAACAGUCUAACCUUGCAGUGUUUGUUUGCUCGACGGUAGGCAGGUACUUUUUAUCAUUUAACCAAUUGCUGCUAUUUGGUAUGUAAAGGGCUGUAACAGGGCUAAGUGGUAUAUUAAACUUUUCCCAAAUCUUGUAGGAAAAAGGGCAAUAACGUCUUUCCCCUUGAUGAAAUUCACCAAACAUUCUCGUUAUUCUGGCUUUAAAUCCUCGUUCUCGGGAAUAGUUGACAACACUUAAUGUAUGGUUCUUUGCUGAUUGGUUGAUGCCUGAACUUGCACUUUCGGGGUUUUUGCGAACCGUCUAUUGUAUUUUGAUUCCUGACCUAAUUGCUGGAGAGAAAUGAAAUUGAGCGGCGGCACUAGGUGGCGCCAGCCUGGCUAAACCCCUCUAGCCACCGUGUAGGAAGUCUUCAUGGAGGCGCUUCCGUUUCCAUUAUCUCUGGCUCCCAUUGACUUUACAUUGAAAAUUUGUCACCCCUCUCUUUGUUACUGCUGCUGUCAGCCUUGUCAUUUUGGUCUUAAAAUUAACCCACUCUACAUGAUCCUGGUGCUUUCAUUUUGCUAUUUUGUACGUAAAUAAAUUCCUAUUCCUUAUAUGAA